GUGCGAAUUUGAGGUUUUUUGUCCGAGAUGACAUGUGGUCACUGGAGGCGUUGGCGGCGGCUGGAGUGAAAGGAAAAGUCGUCGGCUGCGGCGAUGUGGACGAUGGCAAAGAGCGUCUUGGAGUGGACGAGGGGAGGAAGAGUUUUCUCGUAUAAAAGGGUGACCAUCUCGAUUUGUUUAUUCAAUCUUUUGGCGGCUAUCUAUGUUAUCCGCUCGAUCUCUGUCUUCUCUUCGUAUCCCAGCGAUAUUUGGCAUACGACAGAUCAAGCUAAGAGGAUUGAAGAGUCGGCUGUCGUCCGGAGAGCAUUAGGGCCUGUGGAGCUUUUUAGAUUGGCCGAGAAAUUGAGGGCAAAUACACUCGGUAAAAGGCGUGAGUUGGAGUUAGUACAGUCAGUGAAGCGGAAGCUUGCUGAUGAGAUUCUGCAGAGGCUGAGAGUCUUAGGAGAUGGUGCUAAUUUGACCGAGCAACGAGAAGCUCUUGGAUUAUGGCAUGCUGAGAAGUUGAAAGCCUUGAAACAGAUAUUACCAAUUUCAGAAGAAGGUUCUAGCAUGGCUGCAAAAGAAGCAAAGAUGCUUGCAAGUGCUUUGGAAUCUGAUUGGGUGAAGCUCCUCGAAGAUAUUGGGCUUUGGAUUCCAUCCAUUGUUAAGAAUUAUGAGAUAAAUGACAGACCCGAAAAUGCAACUGAGUAUGAGGAGGAUACUGUUCCUGGUCCUCCUCUGCCACCAGAGUGCCAUGCAGAACCUCAUACCGAUUAUGAUGGUGCUGCUGUCAGAUGGGGUCUUACCCAUCAUAAAGCAACUGCGGCUGAUUGCUGUCGGGCUUGCAUUGAUCAGGCAAAUGAUGCAAAGUUAGGCCAAACAAAGUGCAAUAUUUGGGUAUAUUGCCCAUCAGAGUUUGGAUGCUACUCACCUGAUGUUUAUGAACAUCGAUUCCAGGAGUGCUGGCUAAAGCAGGCUAAGAAACCCCGGCUAAAUUUCAAAAACAAGUACUCUGAAACUUAUAGAGAUUCCCACCCAACAGCACCCGUAGCUGUUCCUUGGAUCUCUGGUGUUAUCAGUUCAUGAUCUGCAGGACUUUUUCAUCCCAGAAUAUGAAUGUGGUGGCCACUUAUUUUAUUCC